AGUGUGCAUGCUGCCAUAUACAAAACAUUGUCCAUAAGUCCUCUGUUUUAUUUAUUUUUUGGUGAAGCAAUUCUUUUACGUACCUUUUCCUUCAAUAUUAGUAUACCAGCACCAUGAAUUUUGUUAAAGAAAAUAAUCAGGUCCUUUACGUAUGGGGAGGAGCUAUUAGUACGGAUAUUGAACAAGAAGUUAAUCAGCUAAAAUCUGUGCCAAAUGUCAAAAUAUCUGUCGAAAAUGCUGAUCGUGUUCAACUAGCGAACUACCAGCAAUCCCAAUUCGAUGUCAUUUUGGCUUGUGUUCCAACCGAAAGCUCAGCACUAGUAUCUCGUUUUCUAAAGCUAGUAAAACCAAAAGGAAAAGUAGUGUUCAAAGAUGAUUCAGCACAACCAGACAUCGCACGUACUAAUCUACUCUUGUCUGGAUUUAUCAACAUUGCAUCAGAAGAUGGAAACGUAUAUAUCGGUGAAAAACCAAACUACGAAGUUGGAUCCGCAACGAAACUUUCGUUCGGCUUAAACAAAACUAAUGUAGCUGCCGUUUGGAAGCUUGAUGUAAAUAAAGAUGAAGAGGAACAAAUUGAUGCUGAUGAGCUACUGGACGAAGACGAUAAGAUUAAGCCGACAGCGGAAUCAUUGAGAGUAUGCGGAACAACCGGAAAACGCAAGGCUUGUAAAGAUUGUUCGUGUGGACUAGCAGAGGAACUUGAAGCGGAAACAAGAGGAUCCUCUGUUCAGAGCAGUGCUGUCAAAUCAUCUUGCGGAAGUUGCUAUCUGGGAGACGCGUUUCGUUGUGCCAGCUGCCCCUAUUUGGGGAUGCCGGCGUUUAAACCAGGGGAGAAAAUUCAGCUAUCGGACACGCAGAUGCAAGCUGAUAUUUAACUUACGGUCAUGAUUUACUAGCAUAGUUUUGUGAUACGAUAACGAUUAUAAUAAUAAUUGAUUACAAUAAACUAACAAAACUCAACAAUUGAAAUUCGAA